AUGCUCUCUUCGUUACUCCCGAGUCUUCUUGUCCUGGGUGUGUCUCAGGCCGUCGCCGGCGAGGCAGUCUCAGGCUCUCACACGAAAGGCUCUAUCUUCAUGUUCGGGGACGCAACUGCCUGCCGCAACAUUUUCUGGAGAAACGGCGCCUGUGGUCUCAGUACCUACUUUGCCAACUCGGUCGACCGCAGCCUCCCACUAGUCGCGAUGCCGUCCGGCAUUUUCGAGCCGUACGGUCAAGCGCAGAACAACAGGCUCUGCGGCAAAGUAAUCACGAUGACGCACAAAGGUGUCACUCGAAAGGCUGUUGUAGCCGACCAAAAUACCAGCAGCGAGCAGUCUAUCGAUAUGUGCUUGGACACGUGGCAAGCAUUUGGAGGACAUGACAAUGAUGGAACUCUUCGCAAGGGCAUUCAGUGGAGCAUCGCUAUUUGA